GGAGCGGCGCCUCAAAGUUUAGCCGACGGCCGCACAAAAGCAUCCAGUCCGUCCAAAGAGGCCGCUUUAGUCCUGCCGAACCAACAUGGAGUCUGAUUCCUGCACUUGUGGAGCAGUUUGACCCAAGUCCACUCCAGUUCGCCUCCAACUUGCAGCAGAGACAUGGAGCCACCACCGAGUCCUCCUCCCAAAGCUGCCCAGCAUGAGCCCAUCAGCUUCGGCAUCGACCAGAUCCUAGGAGCCGCCGCGGAGCCGGGAGAGAGCGGAGCGGGACGACAGCGUGAUGCCGGCAGCGGGGAUGGUUACUACAGCCUGGGGAGUCCCGGCCGGACCUGCACGCCCUCCUACACGGCUCUGUCCAUCUCCUUCUCCGGCAUCGGGCCCCCGCUGGACGCGCCGCACGGCCCCGGGUACGCGGCCGACAGCCGGAGUGUUGGCGGCCGAGGGGUGAUCCGAGUGCCGGCCCACAGACCGCCGACAGCCCCCGGACCCGCGGCCCCGAUGCAGAGCGCCGUCCCCGGCUUUGGAGGGCUCUGUUUCCCCUGGAUAGGGAACCGCUUUGCCAAGGACAGAAUAUCAGCGGCUCUGGUUCCUUUCUCGGUCACCAGGCGGAUAGGACACCCCUACCAGAACCGGACCCCCCCUAAGAGGAAAAAGCCCCGCACGUCCUUCUCCAGGGUGCAGAUCUGCGAGCUGGAGAAGAGAUUCCACCGCCAGAAGUACUUGGCCAGCGCCGAGAGGGCCGCCUUGGCCAAGAGCCUCAAGAUGACGGACGCUCAGGUCAAAACCUGGUUCCAGAACCGCAGAACCAAGUGGAGGCGGCAGACGGCGGAGGAGCGGGAGGCGGAGCGCCAGCAGGCCAAUCGUCUGAUCCUGCAGCUGCAGCAGUCCGCCCUGCACAAGUCCUUGGGCGAGUCGGCCGUGUCGGACCCGCUGUGCGCGCACAACUCCUCCCUCUACGCCCUGCAGAACCUGCAGCCCUGGGCCGAGGACAGGGAGUAGGAAGAUAACCCCCCCAACCCCCAGUCACGUGAGGACGAUGCAUCUGGGGACUGACGUCACCUCCUGCAGGACGGGUGCACACUUCGGAAUGAUUGGACCUUGUUCUUGGCGAGUCACGUGACCUUUCAAAGCGGGCCUGGACUCCAUUGGACUUUUUCAAAAGAAACUGUUCCAGCCAUCCAUCCAUUAAUCCAUCCAUUUCCCUCCACUCAUCCGAGCUGGGGUCGCGGGGGCAGCAGCCUAAGCAGAGAAGCCCGGACUUAAUCGAUGUCUUCCUAUUAUCCUGGAGGGGAGGUGGAGUGACAGCAGGCUCCCAAUCACACAUUUGUAAUCAGUCCGGCACUUAAAACUCCCCCCGGAGCUAAUUUAUAUACGAAUUAACGCCAUUUAUUCACGGACACAAUCGUGUACAUAUGAGGUUUGUAAGUAUGCAUGUUCAGUGAUGGUGAUUAUAUUAUCUGUGUUUUGUUUUUUUGUACUUUUAUCGUGUCAAUAACACAUUUUUUUUGUGACCACGUUGUCGGAGGUUUUAUUGACGCAUUCCACAGUAAAUUGCUGUAAUCAAAACAUAAAACAUGACUACACACUUAUAUUUUACAGAGAUGAACUGAAAGCAUUUCACAAUAA